AUGGCGCCUGCCCCUGGGCACCUGUUGCUCCCCAAAAUAUGGAGAGCAGCAAGGUUUGCCUAUGAGAAAGCCUCCAAGGCCAUAAGAGCCAAACUACCAGAACCUACACAACAUGCUACGCUACGAUACCAACCAGCUUAUGCCCGCAUCAAUGCUCGCCAGCCCAUCAAUCGAGUCGCUGCCAUCCGACAGGCCCGGAGCCGCCACUUCUCCACCCGUGCCGCUGAUGCCUUCGUCUCUGCCAUCCGAUCUGGUGUCCAGGCCGACAUUGGUGCAUACAAGACCGGUCGCGUCGCCUCCAAAAUUAGCCGACUUACGAGUCGCGCACCUUUUGCGUCUACCCUCCGUCCCAACUUGACCGGAGGGACUCUGGGUCGCACUGCGGGCGGAUAUGCCGUUGGGGCUGGACGAUUUGGCGGAGCCCGGUAUUUCUCUCACGGGCCUGCCGCCCCUGCACAGGUAAUCCAGAAUGUAUCCCAGGGCGUCCGCGUGUUCUUCCUGUCUGGUCAGAAAGUCCGCUUUGAUGGCAUCGAUCCCCAUACCGGCGAGAAGCGCUACAAGGCAGUCAGUGUUCUGCAGGAUCAAGCCGGCCGCAAGAUGACGGGUAUCCCUCGCAACGCCCCUGGCUCAAACAUUGACUUCCAGCUGUCUCCCACCAUCACCGCCUUCGGUGCUUUCAGCGCUGUGCACAAGAAGACCGGAUCCGAGGCUGUCGCGACUCUCAACUCAGAUGGUCUAAUGGACCUGCUCUCUGCGGAUUUCGCUCGCGCUCUCAAGGACUUUGCUACCGUUUUGAAUGACCUUAAGCGUCUCUCCACCCUUGGUGACCUUCCGACCUCUCUCCAUGACCGGUCAACUAUCCGCGUACGGUUCCCCGGUUGCGAUGCGGAGACGGUCGAACGCCUAUGCGACGAAGUUGGUGUCCAACGAGGCCGAAUCUUCCAGGAUGAAGACUUCAACCUGCGCACAGGCGUUGAUCUGGCUUUACUGUUCCCGUUCGCCCCUAGCGUAGCUGCUUCGUCCGACACAGAAUACUUAUUCGAGAAGGCCUCGAGGCCAAAGACUCAGUGCUCCAAUGACAUAAAUUGGCACUGCAUGCUUACUCCAGAAUUCGGCAGUCCCUUCACGGGGGAUUCAGGCCAUGACUCCGGCAACGCGAUCAGUUUCGAAGACAAAGAACUCUUUGGCAGCAACCCAUGGACAUCCUCGCCCUCCGCGUACUCAAGUAUAAACAUCAGUGAGCUCGGAGACCGCCAGUAUUGGCCGGAAUCCUCCGGCGCUGGUGUGCUGGAGCCUACCCCGGAGUACGACGGUGUUGAGGGGAUCUACAAGUUCUUGGCCGAAUGCGAUCGUGCGCAGCGCUGA